AUGGUGGUUGGUGGAGGUUUUUCCAUACCUAUCUCUCGCGUCCCCCGUCAUCCUAGUCCCAACACCCCGGGUUCACUCAGCGAUGUGUCCGUGUCGGAUGCUAGUGAGUUCGCGUAUCUCGUGAAUAUCAGCAUCGGCGGCCAAAGUCUAGUUGUACUCCUUGACACCGGGUCCUCCGAUUUGUGGGCCGUUUCAUCGAACUGUACAACUCACGAUUGCCAAUCCAUACCCAAGUACAAUGUUACCGAUAACAGUUCUUUCUCUCCCUCUGGCACGAACUUCCAUUUAGAGUACCUCAUCGGCUCUGUCACUGGUAAUGUUGGGGCCGACACUGUAACGCUUGGGGACUACGAGAUAUCGUCACAAAUAUUGGCUCUGGCGAAUAGCACUAGCGGCCUUGACCUCUCCGGCACAGGCUACAGUGGAAUUUUAGGGCUGUCUUUCCCCGUGGAGGCUUCCAUUCCAGAUACGUCAGGAAGAACACUCAUCGAGAACGUCUUUGCGUCCCUGAACGCAAGCAGUCGCUAUUUCGCCUUCAAGUUGGGAAGAAAUACGACCGACUCUUCAUUUACCAUCGGUCAACUAGACCCUGCAGUCACGAACACUACGUCUGGCUUCAAUUAUUUCCCUGUCUCUUCUUCCGGCGGUAGCGACUACAACUACUGGAAGCUUCCGCUCCAACGUCUGACAAUCAACUCGACUGAUUUCUAUCUGUCCGACUCGCAUAUUGAAGGCGCCUCCUCUCCGCUCGCUAUCCUUGACACAGGCACCACACUUGUCCUAGGCCCAUCGGCUGACGUUGACCGUUUCUGGCUGUCCAUCGGCGGUGCAAGAAAGAUCAACACGGGCUGGCAAGUCCGCUGCAAUCGUGCCGUUGUGGUGGGAUUCGUCCUCGGUGAUGCUCCCAACGAGAAAGAAUACGUGGUCGACCCUGCCGACAUGAGCUGGGAAGGAGGCAGGCAGGAUGAUUGGUGCAUGGGUGGCAUCCAGGCCAAUGACGGGGUCUUCUCUGGAGAUUGGCUCCUCGGUGACACAUUUCUCCGGAACGUGUAUGCCUCUCAUCACGCUGCCUCCGGCAACCAACCCCCGCUAGUCGGCCUCCUUGGUAUCACCGAUGGCUCUAGUGCGCUAGCCCAGUUCCAAAAGACGCGAGGGAUCGAUACCGUCCCCCCCGCCACGAUUCUCGCACAACCACCCCGCGAGGACAAGCUUACAGGAGCCGACAUUUGUGGAAUCGCAGUAUCGUGUGGAUUUGUGUUUGGGACACUCUUCGCAGUGUUCGCAGAGAUGUGCUGUAUGCGGCGGCGUAUAAAACGAGCGAAAUACUAA